AUGUGUGAUUAUUAUUAUAUCAGCAAAAGCAAUUAUAAGUCGAGCUCAACCAGUUUAGAUGGUGGAAUUAUAACAUUUACACUGAAUAAUUUAAUAAAAUUACCUUCAUCUAAUAAUUAUAAUAAUGAAAGUUCAUCACAUACAAAAGUUACAAUUAUUGAUCAUAUUUUAUCAACAUAUUCACGUACUGGUUAUGCAUUAGCUAUUGUAUGUGCAUUAUUAUGGAUAAUCUUUUUAAUUAUUGCUACAUAUUUAACAUGUCGUCAACGUAAACGUAUAAAAAAACGUUCCGAAACAUUAUUAUAUCUUGCUCCUACAGAGAAUCAUACAUUGAAUACAUCUAGAGAAACUAUAGAAAUUGCAUUACAUAAAAAACAUUCACCAAAAUCAACAUUUUAUCGUACACGUGAACGUUUACAAUCUAAUUGGAUAUGUCUUGCUAUACAAUUUUCAUUAUUAACAAUUUUAACAAUUUUAUUAGGUACAGCAGUAUUACUUGGUUUUGCUGCAUGUGGUCAAUUACAUACCAAUUUAGUAUCAGCACCAACACAUGAAGAAUCAUUAGGACAAAAAACUCAUGUAUUCCCACGUGUAUUACGUGCUUUAGCACAAAUAAGAGCAUAUCUAAGUGAAUUUGUUCCACAGACUAAAAUUGAUAUUGAACCUGUUGUAAAAAAUCUUAUUCAAGCAACUGAAUCCAUGCAAGAUCGUAUGACAAAUGAAUUUAAUUCAAUACUAUUCGAUCAAAUUGGUGUUACUGAAGCAUUUCAACUUGGAGAUAUUCUUGGUGAACAUGUUGUUACAUUAAUCACAAAAUGUAAUGCUAUUGUACAAUCAAAUACUGCAUUUAAACAUACAUUUGAUCGAUUUAAAGUGGAAUUUCAAACAUGGUUACGUUUAAUUAAUAUAGAUAAUACAAAUUAUGAUUGUAUUGGUCAAUGUCAUGAAUUACAUCGUAAUCAAACUGCUGAAAGUAUACAAGCCCAAUUAAAUCAUGGUAAACAAUUAUCUAAUAAUCAACUUGAAAAAACUAAAACUAUUAUGGCUAAACAAAUUAAUAUUCCACAAUCCAUACGUAAUAUGACAAAUAAACAAUGGGAUCAAUUAAUACCACAAUUACAUAAAGCUAUAGAAGAGAUUGAUAAAAUCUCGAUCUUAAUUACUAGAUCUAUUUCACCAAAAGUUUCAUCUAUUUCUAGUCUUCUAUUAACAUUCAAUUUAUUCUUUUGGUUCUGUAUUUUAUUGAUCACGAUUGGUUUAAUAUGGUUAAUUAUACGUUAUCAUUUUAUACCCACAGAGAUUAGUUUACCUACACGUAAUCGUAUACGUUUAGGUGCUAGUAUUGGAUUUUGUAUUCUAAUCAUUAGUAUUAUAUUAGCUUGUUUAUUUUAUUUAAUUGGUGGUUAUUUCUAUACAGAAGGUUGUCGUUAUAUAAAUCCUGAACAAAAUAUAAUCAAUAUAACAGAAUAUGAUCCAAUGAAUCAGAAUUAUAUUCAAUAUACAAUGUUUCCUAUUGAUGCUCAUAUUAAUACAUUUAUUAAUCGUAAUUGGCCAAUUAUUCUAUCAAUAGCUAAACAAUUUACUCAUAUGCCUAUUCCACAUAUACGUAGUCCAAUUUAUGGUCUAUUACAUAAUUGUUAUAAAAAUCAAGGUAUAUUAGAAGCAUUUGAUAGUAUUAGAGAUUAUAAUAUGAAAUCAUUAAAUGAUCCACAAAUGUCUAAUCGAUUUAUUAAUCUUGCUAUGGCAUCACGUUUAGAUGAUUUUAUUGUAGAUUAUAAUGAAGUACGUUCUAAAUUACCUAAAACUUAUUUAAGUAUACAAUCAUCAAUAGAUGAAUCAAAUAAUUAUACAUUAUGGCCAAUAAAAAAUAUGUGGAAUUUAUGGGAUAAUUAUUAUACUACUAUAUUAAGUCAUCGUUUAUCUAUAGAACAAUUAAAUCGUUUAAAUAUUACUACAGAAAAAAUUCGACAAACUAUUAAUCAAUUAGAUCAAAUCAUUUAUAAUAUAGAUCAAAAUUUAUUGAUUUUAUCAAAAUUAAAAAAAUUGCAUCACAUGUUGCUAACUAUUGAAUUAUUUUAUCAAAAUAUACAAUUAAAAACACCAAUAGAAGCAGAAAAAUUAAUUAUUGAAUAUGGACCAAAAAUUAUGUCAAAAGUUGGACAAUGUUAUCGUUUGCAUAGAGCUAUGAAUGAUAUAAAUAAUGCUGUAUGUCAUGGAAUUGUAAAUAUAUUCAAUGGUUUUUGGUUUCUUUUAAGUUGGGUUACAUUAAUUGGUACAUUAAUUAUUAUAUUUAGUUUAUUAUUAUUAAUGCAUAAAUCACCAAUUGAUAAUCAUCAAUCAUCAUCAUCAUCAGGGAAAUUUUAUCAUAGAAAUAUAAAACGUAAAAAUUUAAAAUCAAAUUUAUCUACUAUGGUAACUGAAAAUUCUAUAAAUCCUAAUGAAUUAGAAGCAUUGAAUAAUCGAUAA